AUGGCUCUCUCUUCAAACUGGCAGGCACUAUUAGCCUCCGAAAGCAAUCCUACCUCCAAUGGAAAGAAUAAGCAAUCAAAUAGGAAAAUCAGAAACGUUAAGAAAGUUAGCAAAACAGUAAAUGUCAGUAGUACAACCCAAUAUGCCCCUCGAAAGCGCAAAAACGGCAGUAAAAUUAUGGACAUGGUAUAUAACAUGAACAAGGAGAUUAGUAAGCAUGAGAAAGACAAGCUCGAGGGAAAAGUGUUUGAAUUCAACCCAAAUAAAGCAAAUACUAGUACUACUAUUAAAGAGCCAGUAAAAGUGGGUAUUUCGGAAGAUACUCGUAUUAAUAGUAAUAAGAGUAAAGAAAUUGGGAAAUACAUCGCCAUGGAUUGUGAAUUUGUAGGCGUUGGUCCCGAGGGUAAAGAGUCUGCGUUAGCUAGAAUAUCAAUCGUAAAUUAUUUUGGACAUGUCGUCCUCGAUGAAUUUGUUAAGCCAAGAGAGAAAGUUGUAGAAUGGAGAACUUGGGUUAGUGGUAUUAAACCAGAGCAUAUGAAAAAUGCCAUUACAUUCAAAGAAGCUCAAAAAAAGACUGCGGAUAUUCUGGAAGGUAGAAUUCUUGUAGGGCACGCUUUAAAGCAUGAUCUCGAAGCAUUGAUGUUAUCCCACCCAAAGUCACUACUCAGGGACACUUCAAGACACCUCCCAUUCAGGAAGUUGUAUGCUAAGGGUAAAACACCCAGCUUAAAGAAAUUAACCAGGGAGGUUUUAAAAAUUUCCAUUCAAGAAGGUGAGCAUUCUUCAGUCGAAGAUGCUCGUGCCACCAUGCUAUUAUAUAAAAAGGAAAAAACGGAAUUUGAAAAAAUUCACAGAAACACUUUCAACUAA